AUGGAUGGAACCAUGGACCUCUAUUCUACACCUUCGUUACAUAUCUCAAAUUGUGUUACCUUAAAGCUCACAGAGCAAAACUAUAUUAUCUGGAAAUCUCAGUUCGAAUCAUUUCUCAAAACUCAAGAUCUUUUUGGCUUUGUUAAUGGCGCUUUCAAAUCACCGGAGGAGAAGAUACCAAUCUGCAACAACAAAGACGGCAAGGUAGAAACAGUUCCCAAUCCGGAUUUUGAGAGUUGGUCGAGAUCUGACCAAGUCGUUAAGGCAUGGCUGCUUGGUUCAAUGACUGAGAAUGUCCUUGGACUGGUGGUUGGCUCUGCAACAGCUCAAGAGGUAUGGGAUACUCUGACUUCUCACUUUAACCGCACCUCCUCCUCUAGGCUGUUUGAACUGCAAUGCCGUCUGCAAAACUCUGAAAAGUUAGACAAAAAUAUGUCUGAUUAUCUUAUAAGUAUCAAAGACAUUUGCGACCAGUUAGCAUCCAUUGGUGAUCCUGUUAGUGAAAAGAUGAAGAUUUUCGCAGCCUUAAGAGGUCUGAGUCGUGAUUAUGAGCCAAUAAUCACGGUCAUUGAAGAUUCAAUGGAUCGAAGUCCUCAACCAACCUAUGAAAAUGUGAUUUCUCACCUAACUGGAUAUGAGGAUCGACUUUAA